AUGAACUCAAGAAUUCCCAUGGUAUCCCCAAAUGGGAAUCUGGGCACCCACCCUUUCCAGGAGCUACCUCACUCAAAGGUUGACGGUCAGACCAACGAACAUGGUAGCUGGUUUUAUGGGUCCCCACAUUUCAGAGAGGCCUUUAUGCCUGAUCUCGACUCUGCUCUUCUGAAGGGGAGUCUCUAUUCUGCACCGAAUCCAGUUAUCAAUCCCAUUACAGAAUCUGCCACCGGUGGUCAGAAGAGAUUCCUUGUCUUUGAUCAGUCUGGUGAUCAAACAACUCUCAUCUUCAGCUCGGACGUUGCGCCACCUGCCCCGUGCCUUACUUCUUGGAGUCCAAAGCCAAUUGUUGCAGCUUCCAAGUUCAAUAAUGCACAGCAUGUAUCCAAGGAACCUCUAAAUCUCCAGUUGAAUCAGACAUCAACUGAAAAUGAUCAUGGCCGGACUGGUUUCGAGAGUGAGAUGCAGGAGGACACAGAAGAACUGAAUGCCUUGCUUUACUCUGAUGAUUACACCGAUUGCACAGAUGAUGACGAUGAAGUUACCAGCACAGAUCAUUCGCCCAGUACAAUGACAGCUCACAAUAAGCCAGGGGGUUUAUCAAAUAGCAGCAAAACAGAAGAGGUUGCCAGUUCUGAUGGUUGGACUAGGAAGAAAAGGAAGCGGUUUGAUGGAGUUCAUAGCGACGACAUGCCAUCACUUGUGGACACUGCCAGUUCUGUGAAGGUCGAAAGCAAAGUAUCCGAGUAUGAAGAUGAUGCGGAAUCCAAGUGCUGUGGUGGGUUCAAUGCAGCAUCAAGUGAAAACCUGGGCUCUGAAUUCGACAGUAAGAGGAUGACGAAAAAGAGAAUACGCGAGACAGUGAGCAUUUUGCAGAAUUUAAUUCCGGAUGGGGAGGGCAAGGAUGCAGUUGCAGUUCUAGACGAGGCCAUCCAUUACUUAAAAUCGCUGAAGGUGAAAGCAAAAGCCUUGGGUCUUACUGCUAUCCGGUGA